GGAUUUUUUCCUCUGCGGACCGCAACAUACGGAGUAUUUGCCCCGGAGAAAGGUUUGUCCGCAACACAGCUGUCAGCUUCCAUCACAAAUACUGUCGAAUAUCUCUGUGGGGCCGAGGGGCUGCUCAUGAAUUGGUAUAUGUUGUCGACUAGGCUCGUGAAAAUGAGAUAGUCUUGACUCAAACAGUUUGACACAUCCAUCAAUAUCUCCAGAAUCCUUGAAAAAGCACCAAAGAUGGGCCAGAUCAACGACGACAAGGCGGAGCACGUGAUCCCCUUCAUUCUUCCACUGCUUGACCAGCAUCGGAAGAAGCACUCAUCGUCACCGAAUCCGCCGCCGUUCUUCAUCGGACUCAAUGGAGUGCAAGGAGCGGGCAAAUCAGUGCUUGUGGACAUCCUCAAGUCGACGUUACGGUCCGAGCCACAUCGAUUGUCCACGGCAGUGUUUUCGCUGGAUGACCUGUAUCUGACGCACGAAGACCAGGUGGCAUUGGCCCGGGCAAACCCUGACAAUCCAUUACUCCAGCACCGGGGCCAACCAUCGACGCACGAUGUGCAGCUGGGAUUGUCAGUCUUUGCGGACUUGAAGGCCAACCGACCGACGAAGAUCCCUCAGUACAACAAGGCACUUUUUUCAGGCCAAGGCGACCGGGUACCAGCAUCAGAGUGGGAGCAAGUCAACAGCGACCCGUCCAACAGAGUCCAAGUUGUCUUGUUUGAGGGCUGGUCGGUCGGCUUCCGACCAUUGGAGGAUGAAGAUCUUAAGAAGAAGCAUGCAGAGGCGGUGACGGCGUGCCGCAAUGCCACGACAGACACCCCUUACCUUGGUCGCCUUGGCCACAACACUUUGCAAAGUGUCAAGACCAUCAACGAGGCGCUCAAGAGCUACGACCAACUCACGUCGCAGCUGGAUGCCUUUAUCCACAUUGACGCCGCCGACCCUCAGUACGUGUACAAGUGGAGGCUGCAGCAAGAAGCAGGUCUACGAGCCGCAAAGGGGUCCGGCAUGACAGACGAUGAGGUCAAACACUUUGUCGACGGCUACUAUCCCGCCUACGAGCUGUACACCGACACACUGAGAAGUGGAGUCUUCAGGGGCAUCAUGCAAGAUCCAGAUUGGCGUGGGAAGCAGUUGAGGUUGGUUGUCGAUGCGAACCGCAAAGUCAAGCAUGUAAUACCGAUUUGAUGUGGAUAACCUGGAUGCCGUCUCGACAGCAAGAUGAGGCCAUGCCGUGCCCACCAGUCGUCGCCAGGGCGAUGAUGGCAGUACUGGUGGUGGUUCAAUCCAAGCUGAGCAAAUGGCUCAUGGGGUUUUAAUCCAGCUGAAUUGAUACGAAUUGCCGUUGGUCAGUGGAGAAGUCUCCCAUGUCAAUCGAUGACAUCCGAAAUCGAACGAAUGAUAGAAUUGCAUGAGGACCCAGUUCGUUGUCGGAUGCCUAUG